CUCUCUCUCUCUCUCUCUCUCUAUAUAUAUAUAUAUAUAUGUUUCAGUAGCAGAUUUUUGUUUAACAAAUUAUGCAAAACAUGACCCUACCUUACCAAUUUAUUUAACAAAUUCAAUGGGCAGUGAUGACUCAAAUUGAUGUGUACUUGAGGCUUUGGUAAUUUUACAUUGAAUUUUGACUUUAACCUCUGUUUCAUUUCAUUUGUUCUCUUAUUGAAGGGUUUUACUGCUUUGGUCUGCCUAUUACUACAAAUAAUGAAGGAAAUAGGGUUUGAUCUAAUAUAAACUAUGAAAUCCUCACAUUUCAAUUAGGAAUCCUUCAAUUUCAGUAAUUUUGUGUUGUGUUGUGUUCUUGUUAAAUUGAGCCAGAUAAUUUAGACUUUAUGACUUCUCAGUGAAAAUAGACUUUUGUUGUGUAUCUUCUUCAAUUAAGCACCACUACAUUGCAACACAAAAUGGAUUGUAAAGACAUGAGCUGUAAAGUACUUCAAAAACUUUUUGAAUUUUUUUUUUCUGUCUCUAUUUUUGUGGAUUUGAAUCCAUGUCAUAUGGAUCAUAGAAAUGAAAGAUCAAAAUAAUGUGGGAAGUUGUUGAGUUUGAUCUUGCUAAUAGAGAGGCUAUGGAGGAAUCUGCAGAGUGGAGAUUCAAAUAUGAUGAGGAGGUCAAGAAGGCUACCAAGUGUGCUCAGGAACUAAAUGAGAUGACUUUGAUGCGUGGACUCCCAGAGAUAUUUGGUGUAUGGAGAAGAAAUUGUACUUUUGUAAAUGUCAUUUCACAUGGUAUAGUAAAUGUAAUUUUUGUAUAUGGAGGGCUUUACUUUUUGAAUGAUUCUAUAUUUUGUAUGGAAUUAUUAUUUUAGUUUGCACAAUAGUUG